GCGGGGCUUCUGCUGCCGCCGCUGCUGCUGCUGCGUCGCGCGGAGGAGCCGGAGCGGAUCGCAGCGCGGGUGAAGCGGCGGCCCAGGAUGAGCGAGCUCAGGCAGCGGCUUGCGCGGGAGCCCGAGGGGCAGCACGACGCCGAGGGGAAGGAAUCAGAGCUGGAAAACAAGCUUGAUGGAGGAGAAACUGCAUCGGAUAGCGAGAAUAAAUCGGAAGCCGCCCCGCCCUCUUCGGCCGAUGAUACCCCUGAGGUUCUCAACAGAGCACUGUCGCGCCUGUCCUCAAGAUGGAAGAACUGGUGGGUGAGGGGCAUCUUGACGCUGGCCAUGAUUGUCUUCUUCUUCAUCAUCAUCUACUUAGGACCCAUGGUGUUGAUGAUGAUUGUCAUGUGUGUCCAGAUCAAAUGCUUCCACGAGAUCAUCACCAUUGGUUACAACGUGUACCAUUCCUAUGAGCUGCCCUGGUUCAGGACACUGAGUUGGUACUUCCUGCUCUGUGUGAACUAUUUCUUCUACGGCGAGACGGUGACAGAUUAUUUUUUCACUCUGGUCCAGAGGGAGGAGCCCUUACGCAUUCUUAGCAAAUAUCACCGUUUCAUUUCCUUCACCCUCUACUUAACAGGCUUUUGCAUGUUCGUCUUGAGCCUGGUGAAAAAGCAUUAUCGUCUUCAGUUUUACAUGUUUGGCUGGACCCAUGUGACUUUGCUAAUAGUUGUUACCCAGUCGCACCUCAUCAUUCACAACCUGUUUGAAGGAAUGAUCUGGUUUAUUGUCCCGAUUUCCUGUGUCAUCUGCAAUGACAUCAUGGCAUACAUGUUUGGAUUCUUUUUCGGACGUACCCCGCUGAUUAAGUUGUCCCCAAAGAAAACCUGGGAAGGGUUCAUUGGAGGAUUCUUUGCCACUGUCGUGUUUGGCCUUUUACUAUCAUAUCUGAUGUCCGGAUACAGAUGUUUCAUAUGUCCAGUCGAAUUCAACAACGACACCAACAGCUUCACAGUGGACUGUGAGCCUUCAGAGCUUUUCCAGCUGCAAGAAUAUAACAUCGCUCUUGUGCUUCAGUCUGUGAUUGGAUGGAAGACAGUCCGGAUGUACCCCUUCCAGAUCCACAGCAUUGCCCUCUCCACGUUUGCAUCCCUGAUCGGACCUUUUGGGGGCUUCUUCGCCAGCGGUUUCAAAAGAGCGUUCAAAAUCAAGGAUUUUGCCAACACCAUUCCUGGGCAUGGUGGCAUCAUGGAUCGAUUCGACUGCCAGUACUUGAUGGCCACUUUUGUCAAUGUGUAUAUUGCCAGUUUUAUCAGGGGCCCCAAUCCGAGCAGGCUCAUCCAGCAGCUCUUAACCCUGCGGCCCGAUCAGCAGCUAAACAUCUUCAACACGCUAAAGGCUCACCUGGUCGACAAGGGGGUGCUCCCCACUUCUGAGGACGCAUAGGCGGCUCGUCGAUCGGAGUGUGGCUGAGCAAGGACCCCUCCUCUCCUCCCACCUGCCAUAGCACCACUGCCCACCCAUCCAACUUGCCCUGUCCAGCACAAUAACCGAGCCUCUCUUCACUUUCUCCUUCCUCUUAUAUCAAAAGGGGGGUGUCAGUGGCUUUGGGGGGGACGGGACCGUUUGUUUCCAAGCAGACAGGAGAGGGGGCUUCACUGGGGAGGAAUUUGAGGUGCAGCGGGGGAACAGACCUGGCUGAUGGUUUUAGAAGGCAGCUUUUCUCCCCUUCAGAGCCGCGCUUGGGUUUUUCUCAACCUGGGGGUGGUUGGGGUGCAUGUGUCUCCUUUAUUCUUUCCCCAGGGAGAGAGGGGAGAAAGGAAGCAGGUGGCAGCAAGGAAAUACUUCACAGCUCAGAAGACAACAGGGGUGUGGUUGUGCACUGACGUUCCCUCCUGAAUUCUAUUGUGCAGCAAAAAUGGUUGUGGCACUUGAUCAAACUUUCCGGAGACCAGAAUAACCACGACACCUCCCACGUCGGCCUCCCCAGUCUGGAUGGAUGGGAAGACAGACAGAGAGGGGGGGAAAGAUACAUAAAUAGAGUAGAGACAGAAAGAGAGAGAGUGUGUGUGCGUGUGUGCGCACGCAUGCGUGUGUUGAGCGUGCACUCACAUUGGCCAUUUCCCCCCUACAGAAAAGCUACGAGAACCUCCAAUGCUAGAUUGUUUCAAAACAAAAUUUCUUUUCCCUGUAAACAGCUGGUGCUGUGUUGUGUCCGUAGCCUUGCUGCCUCUACUACGCUCUGUUCAUGGGGGAGCUUUCUGGGCCUGGAAACCUCUCUCCAGGGAGGCUGGGAGUGGCUGGGAAGAGGAUCGGUUGGGAUCUUAACCUCAUUCCCAUCCUGAUCUCCCCAAUACAUCCGCUGCAUGUAGAGGAAUGAAAAGAUGAUCCCACCCAUUGCUGGCUUCCUUCCCAGCCCAUGUUCAUGGAUGAGAAGGCCAAAAUGACACACACACACCCCAGUGGCCUUCAGGAUGUGUGAUUGUCACCCCUUGCCAAGGAAGGGGUAGGCAGGCAGAAUCACUCUUGGUAACGCCAAACCAUUUGCCGUCCGGAAAAUCGGCACAAAAAAUGAGUUUGCUUCUCAAAGGGAGCUAAUUUUAAGCCAGUGCCCUCAAGGACAUCAAAGUGGGCCCGUCUUCUGUCCUGUGGCUCCUGCAGAUGCUCUAAUCUGGAUGGAGGCUUGUUAUGGUCUCGCUAGAAGCGAAGGCACGGCAGGAAGGAAGUGAGCCGGGCUGCGUACGGAGAGAACUUGGGUGAAUAUUGAUCAAAGUGAAAAGAACAGAGCAGGCUGGGGAAGGCAGGGUGCCUGACGUCGUUGGCAUCAACCUACUUGGCUCCAGAGAAACCUGUUUGAUUUGCGUGUGUGGGGUGUGUCCCCUAAUGCAUAGAGGGGGGCUCUCCCCACCUCCAUCCACAGCGUAGUACCUGAUACUCAAAUGUC